AUGGCUGCUUUCGGCGCCGCCACCAGCAAGUUUGGCUUGGUUGCCAUUGGAUGUAAGAACGGCACGGUGCAACUGUUCCGGGCCCAGGACCUUCUCCAAGAAAAGCAGACGCCUGUGACACUCAAUGCAGCUGAGGAGCCCGGGCAAGGCACCCAGGAGGUGACGUCCCUGGAGUUUUUGGAACAGGGGAGCCGGGUCGUGCUCUUUGCCUGCACUUCGAAUGCCGUUUGCUCCUGGCAAGUCUGCGAUCAAAAUGGUGGCAAUCAGGAGCUUCGACUGUUGAAUGCAGAUUCGACUGGGGGUGCUCCGGCCGGCUGCACUUGCAUAUUCCCCGGAAUGAAUGCAUUGCUUGUGGCAAAAGCAGAUGCAGUUUUUGCUUACGAUCCACAAGAGGGCAACAUGUCAGCGAUGCCUCUGGAUGGCGAGAAAGUGAUCUUGAAGCGCUUCAAGUCAUACUUCGCUGUCGUAACGGCUGAUAGUGCUGCUCUGCCGGCAUUCUCAUCGACGCCAUCAUCGAUGCCGAAGCAGACGGUGACAAUAGUCUUGGUGCAGAAGGGCAUGCGCUUCAUAGCCUUCACCAGCCAGUUCACUGAUGUGACAGACGUCGUAAUCGGCCUGGGCCGCGUGUUCGUCCUGUCCCGUGGCGGUGCGGACGGCAACAGCGUCCUCUUCGAACUUCGGGAGAAGCCACUGGAAGAGCGACUAGAUGUGCUCGUGAGGAAGCGCAUGUUCGAGUGGGCUGCAGAGGUGGCCUUGUCUUGCAGUGCCGCACCAGAGGUGACUGCCGACAUCUACCGGCAGCACGGCGACGCCCUCUUCGAAAAGAGAGCGUAUGAUCAGGCUUUGGGCGUCUACGUGAAGACCGUGGAGUUGGGCCUUCCACUGGAGCCAUCUUAUGUCGUGGAGAGAUACCUGGAUGCCCAGAGAAUCGGCCAUGUGGCACAAUACCUCAAGAAGCUGCACGAGAAGGACAUGGCUGAACCGGAGCACACGGCGCUGCUUCUCAAAUGCUAUACCAAGCUCAAGGAUUUCACCACGCUGGAGGAGUUUCUGAAAACCACACCACCUUCUCAGUACGACCAUGCGACCGCCAUCGAGGUGUUGGAGUCGGCAGCAUACCACGGCCUGGCUGCAGAGGUGGCUCAAAAGGUGGGCAGUCAUGACGACUUUGUGCGAAUCUCUUUGGAGCAGUUCAAAAACUACGGCACAACGGUCCAGUUUUUGCACUCCUUACCACGCGUCGAGGCAGGAAGAAUACUGCUCAACUAUGGGCGGACGCUCAUGCGCCACGCACCUAAGGAGACCGUGAAGCUAAUUCGCCACGUGUGCAACCUUCGUGGCCAGCCGAUGGAUGGCCAGGCACUCCAAGCUGAGAGCCAAGGUCCGACUGUUGACGAGCUGUUGCCGGUGUUUGCCGACGACCUGCAGCAGCUUGAGGUCUUCCUCCGCUCCGUCUUGGUGGAUGAUGGCUGCCAGCUGCCGCAAGCCCAGGCAGAGCGGCUGUUUCCGACACUCCUGGAGUUGUUGGUGAAGUCGCACAGCUCUCUGCUCGCAGAUGGAAACAUCCCUGCCGAGAAGCAGGAGAUGGCCAGCUGCAUAGCGGCAGACAUCAUGCGGCUCAUCCGGCAGUAUCCCAGCGAUGCUGCUUUAGCCAACACCUUGAUGGUCUGCCAGGCUUUCGGCUUUGUGGACGGCUUCUUCCAUGCUGCGGAGAGAUUGCACCGACACCAGCUCCUGAUGCAAUGGUGCUUUGAGCACAAGGAUGCAAAGCGUCUCCUGGAAGUCUGCAAGCGAUACGGUCCGGCUGACCAAAGUCUCUGGGUGCAGGCGCUAUCCUUCUUGGCCUCCCCGGAGAGCGGAGGAGGGCACCUCGAGGAGAUGGGCGAAGUUCUGCGGCACAUCGAGGACAGUGAUCUCAUGCCACUUCUGCUCGUCAUCGAGACCCUCCGCUCCAGCAACGAGGUGACCAUCGGUGACGUCCGUCCAUACUUGCAGGCCCAGUAUCGUCGGCUUGUCGAGUCUGCGGAGACGUCCCGGGCUAAAUCGACUCAGGAUCGUCAGGAGAUUGCUCGCAUGCAGCAGGAGAUCGUCCAGCUCCGAACGCAGGCCAAAGAAUUCCAGAACACUCGAUGCUUCCAGUGUGGUUUGACUCUGGAAGUCCCUGCGGUGCACUUCUUCUGUGGUCAUUCGUAUCACGCUUACUGCGUGCCGCCGGAUGGCACCUGUCCGAAGUGCUCUUCGGGAGCUCUUCCGAAGCUUUCACUAAAGGAGCAGCGAGAAGCUCAGGCAAGAAAUGCGGAGGACUUCUUCAAGUACCUUCAGGGUGGAGCCGGUGACCGCGGCAUACAGGCGAUGGGAGAGUGGUGUAAGUUUGGGGCGUUCGACGCCAGCGUGGCCAGCAUGGAUCUGGAGGACGAGGAGGAUUGA